AUCCCUCAAUUUCAUUUCGCAUUUAACCCUAAAAACUCAACUUGUCUUUCCCUACAUAAAGCUUCUUUUAUUGCAACAGUCUCUCCUCAGCCCCACUCCCUUUCACUCUCUCUUUUUGGCUUUAUUGUAUAAUGAAAAAUAUGCUCUUCCCCACAAGCCAUUGAUGAGCCCUUUUCAACACAAAGCUUUCACCUUCAUAAUGAAUUAAUUAGUUUUUGCUUUUCCUUUUUCCCCUGGGGUUUUAGUAUACCUCACAUUUUAGGGGUUUCUCUAGAAAAAUGACUGAAAAUCUUGACUGUUCAACCUCAAAUCUUCUCUGUUCUGAGAACACAAGCUCUUGCUUUGAUGGUGAUCUUGAUUUUAAUGCCAUGAACGAGUUUGGGGCUUCCCCUGCUUGUCAUCAACUCUUUAAAAACCAAAUCUUUAAUCAAAAUGACCCUUUCCUUAUGAACAACAGAUCAACUUCUUUGCUGGGUUGUCCUGGUUUUGCAUUACAAAGUGAUGAUGUAAUUAAGGAAAUGGUUGAAAAAGAGAUGGAGCAUUUGCCUAGAGAUGAUUAUCUUAAGAGACUGAGAAGUGGGGAUUUGGAGUUGAGUGCCAGGAGAGAGGCUAUUGAAUGGAUUUGGAAGGCUUCAGCUUAUUUCAAUUUUGGACCUUUGAGUCUUUGCCUAUCCAUUAACUACUUGGAUCGGUUCCUAUCAAUGUAUGAUUUACCUAGAGGUAAAACAUGGACUGUCCAACUGUUGGCCGUCGCAUGUUUAUCUAUUGCAGCUAAAAUGGAGGAAACAAAGGUGCCUUCAUCAGUAAACUUACAGGUGGGGGAACCAAAGUUUGUGUUUGAAGCUAAAACAAUACAAAGAAUGGAACUAUUGGUUUUAAGUACAUUGAAGUGGAGAAUGCAAGUUUUAACACCUUGUUCCUUCAUUGAUCACUUCUUGAAUAAACUUAGUAAUGAUCAUCAAUAUCCAUCAUCAACUUCAAUCACUAGAUCAUUGCAGAUAAUAUUGAACACCACCAGAGGUAUUAAUUUGUUGGAGUUCAGACCUUCUGAAAUAGCAGCAGCAGUGGCCAUUUCUGUUUCAGGACAAAUGCAAAGAUGUGCCAUUGAUAAAGUUAUUUCAUCAUUCAUCUUUGUACAAAAGGAAAGAGUGUUGAAGUGUGUUGAAGUGAUGAAAGAUUUGACAUUCAUUAAUGGCUCAGCUGCUACUACUUCAGCUACAUCAUCGGUGCCCCAAAGCCCCAUUGGGGUAUUAGAUGGUGCAGCAUGUUUGAGCUAUAAAAGUGAUGAAAUAAAACAUGGGCUAUUUGCAAAUUGUUCUCAUCCUACACCAGAUCUUAAAAGGAGGAAACUAGACAAAUCACCUCAACCGGAUCACAUCUGAAAUUUUCCCUGGAAUAAAAUUUUAAGGUGAAAAAUAAAAAAAACAAAUAUGGGUCAAAGUUGAAGAGAAGUGAAUGGUGCCUCAGCCAUUGCCAUGGAGGUGGUGUUUUUGGAAACAAAUACUGCAGCUUUAUUAUUAUUACCAUUUGUUGUAGAUUAGAUUUCAAUUACAGAGAGAGGGGAGAAAUAUCAUGUCAGAAAUUAUAAGCAAAAGAGUGUAAUAUUCUUUCAGGCAGCAAUUAGAGUGUAAUUAUGGGCAUUCUAAUCAUAA